GGGUGGAGGCCGGGGGACGGCCUCCCGGCACCUUCGCGGCGACCGAGGACGAGCCGGCCGGAGGGGGACGGCCGGGAUGGCGCGCCCGCGGCCCCGCGAGUACAAAGCGGGGGACCUGGUCUUCGCCAAGAUGAAGGGCUACCCGCACUGGCCCGCCCGGAUUGAUGAACUCCCAGAGGGAGCUGUGAAGCCUCCAGCAAACAAGUACCCUAUCUUCUUUUUUGGUACCCAUGAAACUGCAUUUCUAGGUCCUAAAGACCUUUUCCCAUAUAAGGAAUACAAAGACAAGUUUGGAAAGUCAAACAAACGGAAAGGAUUUAAUGAAGGAUUAUGGGAAAUUGAAAAUAAUCCAGGAGUGAAAUUUACUGGGUACCAGACAAUUCAGCAACAGAGCUCUUCAGAAACUGAGGGAGAAGGUGGCAAUACUGCAGAUGCAAGCAGUGAGGAAGAAGGUGAUAGAGUAGAAGAUGGAAAAGGCAAAAGAAAGAAUGAAAAAGGAGGCUCAAAACGGAAAAAGUCCUACACUUCGAAGAAGUCUUCUAAACAGUCCCGGAAAUCUCCAGGAGAUGAAGAUGAUAAAGACUGCAAAGAAGAGGAAAACAAAAGCAGCUCGGAGGGUGGAGAUGCUGGCAAUGACACAAGAAACACGACUUCAGACUUGCAGAAAGCUGGUGAAGGGACCUAACUACCGUAAUGAAUGCUGCAUAUUGAGAGACACCACAAGAAGGUUAAAUGUUUGAUUGUCUCAUUCUUGGAUUCGAUAUGAACCAACACAGUCUUUGUUGUCAUUGACAGAAGCCCAGUAUGUGUGUACAUUAUUCACAUUCCUCUCUGUUCUGUUGAAGAGAAAAAGAGACAUUUGAACCUUUUUUAAGGUUACUGACUUAAUUUUAUGUUACUUGGUUGCAUGAAGUUGCCCUUAACCACUAAGAAUUAUCAAGAUUUUUGCACAGACUUCUCCAUAUCUAGGCUUCUUUGCCAAGGCAGUUCUGGUCAUCAGCUUCCCGCCUCUACCCCACCAUCAGGAAAAUAGUAAUUUACUCAGUUAAAUAGUAAUUCCUAUUUUUUAGAUGACUGCUCAACAUAAUACUUCAGGAUGGGAUUUUCUUUCUAACAGAACCCAAGAACCAACUCCUAGAUACACACUGUUGGUAUAUUGGAGAUGAAAUUAAAAUCAUCUUUCAGUUCUAAGGCCAUGUGUAAAGUUCGACCAUAUUGUAAAGUACCUAUUCUGUAUUAGAAAUAGCUAGUUGAAACCUAUACUUCUCAAAACUCAUGUUGCUGUGUACACAAACUGAGUUUAUAUGUGAACCUAGUGAGUCUUUUUGUGUUAUACCAAAAUAAAGCAAGGAUUUAUUUUUUUCCCAAUGCCAAUAUGAUUUGAGCUGAUCACUCAAGAUGGUCACUUCACACUUGAAAGCUGAAAUCAGCAGGAGCACUAUGGGAAACUAGACAAAGCAUUGACUCUUGAAUAUAGGCUUUUAAAAUAAGCUUUUCUUUUGGAAAUAGAAUUAGAGUAGGUAACAUUCAUCCACAAGCCAUUAUUAUGUGUACAUUAUUGUUGCUAUUGUGAUAAUAGAGUCUUAUUUAUUUUUAUGCCAGCUUAUACUGUGAGAACACUUAGUCAAUUUGGGUUUCAUCAACCCUGCUGUGCUUGUCCUUGGAACAUCUUUUGUGUAUGUUUAAGGUUUGUAGCUGAAAAGUUUACUGUAAAAAAAAAUCAAAGACAAAAAAAAUGUAUUGUUUUUACAGAAUAAAUUUAUUGGAAUGUGUACUGGGAGUAAGGUUUGAGGUUGUAAACAACCGAGUUAGUGUUAUUUGGCUUUAUACGUGUAAUGUGAAAUAUUAAUGUAAUUACUAUAUUAAAGCAAAGAUUGACAGCAAGUUGACAUUAGAAUUAAGUGCAGGUGAAGAUUUUUUUUCUGUCAUUUUUUUCUUUUUAAAUAUUCUGGUUGUUAGGUUAGUUGAGGGAUGGGAGGGAGUAUCAGUAGGAUCUGUCUGCACAUCUAAGAAAACACCAGCUCAGUGGACCCUACGCUUACAUACAGCCUUGUAUGCAUUCCGUUUUCGUUUGGUUUUCUUAUUUUGUUGAAGAACUAAUGAAAAUGAAGAGAAACUAUAAGACCACCUAAAGGCCAGUGUCAUUAUGUGAAGAAGGUGAUGCUGGGGUCUGGAGGUUAAACAUACCACUCUCUGAGCCCUUAGGCAUACUGAGGAGGCCACUGUGUUUUUCUGUCAUGUAGCAAUUGAUUGUACGCACACAGAUUCAAGUAUCGAAAGUUCAUUAAAAGACAGACUGCCACAUCAGGUUUUUAGUAUUUUAUUUUAAAAUUAAUGAAAUUCAUCAAAAGGCCAUUGAUUACAGUAAAACAUAUGGAGAAUGUAUAUAACAUUUUAAAUUGGGACAUAUAACAGGGUUUGGUUUUGUUUUUUGAGACAGGGUUUCUCUGUAGCCCUGGUUGUCCUGGAACCUUCUCUGUAGACCAGGUUGGCCUCAAACUCAUAGAUCUGCCAGCCUCUGCCUCCCAAGUGCUAGGAUUAAAGGCGUGUGCUGCCACCACCUGGCACAGGUUUCUUAAAUAAAAGUUCAAAAUUUGUCAUGAAAAAAUGUAUACAUGAAAUGCUUCAAAGUUAAUAAAGUUUAUCUUUAUAAAACACCAAAAAUAAUUUUAUUGAAGAUAUACACAGAAACACAAGA